AUGGGUGUCGGCGGGGUCCGGGAGCAGGUGGAGCUCUGGCGCAAGGGGCCUUCUUCUGGGACGUCCCCUCUAACUGGAUUGGGGGAAUGCAGCAAAAACCCCAGCCCUCCCUAUAGAGCCUCAGCCAGUGACAGCUACUUCCCGGAUGAGAAGGGCAGCCUCCAAACCGGCAGCCACUUCAACCAGCCCCACAGCCCCAGGCCACUAGCCUUCUCACAGCUCCCCAGCAGUUCUGGCCUGCAGGCAUUCCUGGACAGAAGUGCUUCCAAGGAAGAUUCAGACACCUCACCCAUCUUUACUCUUCGACCUCUGAGCCAAGGGCUGAGACCAGCACCCCGCAGCUGGGUCUGCAGGAUGGUCUCUCCACCCGCGGAAGCAGAGUCCCAUUUCCUCACCAAUGCCCUCUCCUUCCCCAGGGCCAUCCUGAUCCUCCCCCACAGAGCAGGGGCACUGUCCUAGAGUCAGUGCCUCACAGCUGACCUCCCAGCUUCAGGUCGAGGACACUUCUAGACUUCCUCUAGGGAGACACAGAGCUAUCAGAAAGCCUGGCCCACCGCCGUCUCUCCCUUUCUCUCUGGAGCAGACCUUGGGACAACCAGCAGCAGGUGCUGACGGAUGCCCCAGCCCUCAGCUGCGGUCCCCUGCCCCGGAUGGGGAAGACCAAAGUAGAAAUUUCUCAAUACCGUCACAGGGCAGGGCUCUGACUCUAUUAUAAGCCAAUUAUCCUUGGCCAAGUGUUUUCCUGAUUUUUGUGUCCAACAACUUACGUUUAUCAGCGCUUGUCCUAUAGAUAGGAAAAGAAGUCUUCUUGCUAACAACUGGGCCUUCUGGAAAAGGGUUCUUUAUCAGUUUGGGAAAUUAGGGACCGUGGAUCCAUGA